AUCUGUAUAGCUGACAGUUUCUUUAUACUCUAUACAAAAGGCAUACCAACAUGCAUAUUUUCCCUGCUUGUGCUCAAACUAAAAAUCCUGGACCACUUUUCGCGAUCCUAUCAUCAUUCUAGAUAAUAGUACAUUGGGAAAAGUAUAUUGCACACUUCCUCAACAAGGAUUAAGGAGGCCAUGAUAUGAACCCCCACGAAAAGAAUAUCCAACCAGUGAAAGAAACAUCGCCAGACCUUGAUCAGCCUUCUACACCUGACAUGCUUGGUCCAAUCAUAAAAGUACCUUCUGACUUAUCGACGGAAACCCCUUCAAAACUCUCUGUUCCGAUAUGCGUGAUAGCUAUUGGGACUGUUGACAAUAAGGGUGUUUGUGAAUCUGAGCCUCUUCUCAAUCUUUUGGAGGCUCCGAUCUUAAGAGUGUUGGAUGGGACUGCCUGCAAGCUAGUACUUAUUUCGAAGGAUUCAGAAACUUCAGAAGUGGUUGACGAAAUGGCUGUCGUGCCCAAACCUUCCGAGGUAAAGGCAGAGCAAUCGAUCAUUUAUGCGCAACAGUUAUUAGACCUUGUUGUUAUCGAUUUAACCGAAUCGAAUGGUGAGGAAUCAGCUUUACCAAUGACUCUUCGGGAGAUGCCAAAGGAUCAAAACUUGCUAUCCUUCAGUAAGUCUUCGAACCUUAUCUUAAUCUUGUUAAUCUAAUAUAUAGUAGAAAGCUCGACUACAUUAUCAAGUAAGAAGCGUAAGCAUUCUAAAUUAUCUUAUUCAAUUCCUAGUAAGCUCUUUCUAAUUACCCUUUGUAAUUUCUUACUUACCUAUAACAGCGUCUGAAAGCCAAGAUAAUGUCUCACCGACUGAUCGACGUACAAGACGAAAAACCUCACUCCGCAAACACCUUAGCGAUGAAAAUGUAUUCUUGAGUUCUUCGAUAAAAGAUAUUGAAGAGCUGCUUGAGGAGGAUAGGCAAGAGAUGGCGUUGGUGGAAAAGACGAGGGUACGAUUGAUUGCAUUGAAGAAUAAAUUUCUGGCUUGGAGUGCUCAUGACCAGAGGGUGACGGAAGAAUGGGAGGAAGUGAGUAACUGGUAUUAGGAUAGGAAUUUUUUGUAUUUUAGCCCCAAGUUUAAGUUGAUAUAAAUAGAGACAAUUCAGUUUAUUUAUAAGUAUAUAAUACAACAAAAGAAAAUGACGAACAUACAUAUUCAAGUAAUUAGUUAGGAUGAAGUUGAAGGAACU